CCAAACCAUAAUCACUUAACAAACUAACAAUUACUUUAAUCUAUUUUCAGUUGGUGCAAUAGAGCACUACAAAGAAUGUGGGCGUCGAAGCUAUGUCAAUGGCAAUGGAGGAGCAUAGCCAAAGAAGCACUAGACCGCACCAUAACCGUGGCUAAAUUCCUCAGUCUCUUCCACAUCACAGAUACCUACAUAUUCUCUCCCACAAUCGUUUAUGGCCCGAGUAUGCUUCCGACUUUAAAUGUUAGAGGAGAUGUGUUGUUGAUCGAUAAAUUGUCGCAUCGAUUUGGGAAUUUGGGGUUAGGUGAUAUUGUCAUUGUGCAAUCGCCGAGCAACCCUAGACGGAUUUUGACCAAACGUGUUUUGGGAAUGGAGGGUGAUGUUGUUUCCUAUAAUGCUCACACUGGGUUUGUCAAGACUUUGGUGGUGCCUAAAGGACAUGUUUGGAUUCAGGGAGACAACUUGUAUGCAUCAAAUGAUUCCCGGCAUUUUGGAGCAGUUCCUUAUGGUCUUAUCCAAGGCAAAGCAUUUUGUCGGAUAUGGCCUUUUGCUGAGAUCGGAUUUUUGGGGUCGGUAUAAAUAUCGAGACGAAUGGCUGAAUUGGGACGUAAGAAUGUCUAGCUUUGGAUACUUGGAAAUUGGGGCAUAUAGUAUCAGUUUUACCAAGGACAUGGCAUCGGCUUCUCACGGUUCUCAGGUGCAUUCAUUUUUGGUUGGAUUAAUUAUCAAAAGACCAGCAGUGAGUUGCCAAACACUGACAUGGAUUAAUUGAUAUGCAGUAUUACCAUGAAUUACCCUCUUUCUGUUCCCUUCCUCUCCUCUCACAGCCACCACCACCACCACCACGCUCAGAUUCAUGCUGUAACCAUCCAGCCUCCACCAGAGCUGCCAGUGCACGCUGUAACCAUCCAGCCUCCACCACAGCUGCCAGUGCCCACCAAACGGAAUACGACGGGGUGGUGAGGGCCGUGCCUUGCGUAGAGGUGUCUGCAUCCUCGCGGAAACCGUCAUCUUUCGGUGGUUUAAAGUAAUCUUAGUAAGCAGCUGUAUUGUAAGUGCUGCUCAGUGGUUGUGACUCGUGAGAUCCAGAAUUUUUUAUUAUACGGAGUAGUGUAAAACAAUGGUUAACAUUUAUUUUAUUCAAUUAAAUUUGGAUCAUAAUUAUA